AACCGUACGUACAAGUACAGUACAAAGUCAGAUCGCGUUGGGGGUGGUGCUGGUGGUAUGCUUGGCGGGCCGGGUCCAUGCAAGUUGUAAAAUUCCUUCAUCAUUUCAUGGACACCAGGCUUGAAGGCUUGAUGCUCGCUCAGCUCUAUGAGAUAUGACACGCAACACGCCUCAGUUUGUCCAUGCCUAGCCAUGCACUCUCCAAGCCAGUCUCCAGGACCUACUCCACCGGCAGAACCUUCAUCCACACUGCAGUCCGUGUCUGGAACAGUCUCCUAGAUGGUGAAGUUGGAGAGAUCAAAGACAGUGGUGCUCCUUCAACUGUAGGGUGCAUCAACAUCUCCUGUCAACACAUUGAUUUGCUGCAUGCCAGUCCCUGUACACUUCCAGUUCCUGUUCUGAUGUUGCAUCCUUCCCAGCCCAUGACUCUGUUCAGUACAUUCCGCGCGAGUUGGUCGGUUGAGAUUGUCACAACCACUCAAACAACAACAUGCGCCAGUUCUUCACAACCAGACUCAAACAACAGUAAUCGCGUCAAUUUCUGCAGUGGGCACCCUGGAAAUGAAUUUUACAUUGGUCAGACGAGUGUAUAUCGUCCAGUUCGUCACAACCAGACCCAACAACAACAUGCGCCAGCUCUUCACAACCAGACUCCAACAACAGCACGCGCGUCAGUUUCUGCAGUGGGCCACCUUGGAAAUGAAUUUUGUACAUUCCGCGUGAGUUGGUCGGUUGAGAUUAUAUCGUCGAGUUCGUCACAACCACUCAAACAACAUCAUGCGCCAGUUCUUCACAACCAGACUCAAACAGCAGCAACCGCGUCAGUUUCUGCAGUAGGCACCCUGGAAAUGAAAUUUAUAAGUCCAGGUAGAUGCUGUCCCCACUCCCUCGCCCAGAGCAUCCUCAAAGCCACCAUUGUCUAUCAGUGUGACUGUUGAUAAUUGUGAACUGUCAUUCUCAGGGAACACUCAUAAUCAACAGCUUGGGAUAGUUUACCAAUGUUUGUACAAUGACAAGGUAGAAUAAGUUGCUUUUCUUUUGUGCAAGCACAAGCUCUCUGCAAGCUGGUAUCUUAUUGCAACCUUGCGGCAAAGCCUGCAAGCAAUUUUUCAAGCUUGCUGCAGGCGGCAGUGAAUAAUAAAAAUGUCUGUCAGUAAAUUACUAAAAGCUGGCAAAGAAUAGUAAGAACAGCCAUGCUCUGCAUACUAAUGACGCCUUGUACGUGUAGUUCUUGUGCUCUUUUAUGCUUCAUAGUACAUUCCGCGCGAGUUGGUCGGUUGAGAUUAUAUCGUCGAGUUCGUCACAACCACUCAAACAACAACAUGCGCCAGUUCUUCACAACCAGACUCAAACAGCAGCAAUCGCGUCAGUUUCUGCAGUGGGCACCCUGGAAAUGAAAUUUAUAAGUCCAGGUAGAUGCUGUCCCCACUCCCUCGCCCAGAGCAUCCUCAAAGCCACCAUUGUCUAUCAGUGUGACUGUUGAUAAUUGUGAACUGUCAUUCUCAGGGAACACUCAUAAUCAACAGCUUGGGAUAGUUUACCAAUGUUUGUACAAUGACAAGGUAGAAUAAGUUGCUUUUCUUUUGUGCAAGCACAAGCUCUCUGCAAGCUUGUAUCUGAUUGCAACCUUGCGGCAAAGCCUGCAAGCAAUUUUUCAAGCUUGCUGCAGGCGGCAGUGAAUAAUAAAAAUGUCUGUCAGUAAAUUACUAAAAACUGGCUAAGAAUAGUAAGAACAGCCACGCUCUGCAUUCUAAUGACGCCUUGUACGUGUAGUUCUUAUGCUCUUUUAUGCUUCAUAGUACAUUCCGCGUGAGUUGGUUGGUUGAGAUUAUAUCGUAGAGUUCGUCACGACCACUCAAACAACAACAUGCGCCAGUUCUUCACAACCAGACUCAAACAACAGCAACCGCGUCAGUUUCUGCAGUGGGCACCCUGGAAAUGAAUUUUACAUUGGUCGGAUGAGUGUAUAUCAUCCAGUUCGUCACAACCAGACUCAACAACACGCGCUAGUUCAUCACAAGCAGACUCAAACGACAGCACGCUCGUCAGUUUCUGCAGUGGGCCACCCUGGAACUAAAUUUUGGUGAAUUUAUUUUACAGAUCAACUACAUUAACAAGGGAAGAAAUUGAAUAAUGCAUGUUUGGAUUCACUGCUCUUGUACCAAAAAGAACCAACAAUCUUCUGACUAUGCCCAAUCUAACCUGAUGCGCCCAGUUAAUUGCAUUUCCAUGAAUGAUGUCUGGCAUGACCAAAAACAAAUAGAAUGCUGAAGUUCGUUAUUGAACUCGAAGAACAUUUUGUCAUAAUAUGAAAGGCUGCUCUCUGAUGACAUCUGGUCCCUCUUAUAGAUCUUUUUUUAAUCACUUAAAGGUCUUCCAACUGGAAUCAGUCGACUUUUGAAAGUGGAAAGGCCCAGGAAACAGUUCUUCUUUACAACAAAUGUGUUUUUUGUCAUUUGGAGUGGUAUUUGAAUUACCGGGACUUAAAAUUAGCAAAAUUUGGUCUGUCCAAUGGGGCAUAGGCCCCUAUAGGACAAGAAAAUAUGUAUCAAUUAUGAGCAGUCUUUAUCUUUUCAUGAAAUUAUUUAACAAUAGAUCUGCAUGAGAUGAUGACUGUCUCACUGGAUCACUGGAUUCCUUCAUACGUGUGUGUCCCAUUUGGAAAAUAGGUUGUCCCCAACAUCUGGGAGGAUGACCCUGAAGUCUUGUUGAAUCUGUUGAGAACAACAAUGACAUAAGGGAAAGAAAAGGUUUAAUAUACAUGUAUAUACAAAAAAAUUAUGCUGUUUAUGAUUACAUUUUUCAAUUUGCAAAGGUGUUAAAACGUCACUGACAUUACUAAUACAGUUUAAUAAUAAUAAACCAGACUUGCACAUAAGGCAACAACAUUGUAAUGCUUU